UACCUGUCCUACUGCCUGCGCUUUCUUUUUUCCUUCCGUGUUCACGUCACUCGGUGACAAACACAUCAUUUCCGGAGUGGUACACCCAUUGUGACACGCAAGGCCGGAAGCGGAAGCGUGGAUUGCUUGGAUGCACACGAUGGAUUUGGAGUCGGACACUAGUGUACAGAAGAAGUCUUCUAUUAAAGAUGGCAGUGAUCAGGUUCAUUCAAUGGACAGUGCUCCUGUGGCCAUGUGUGCUACUGGGGAAGAAACUGACUUGGCUUUGCUGGGAGCUUCAGGGACUUUAGACACCAAUGGCAUGCAGCCUGAAGAAGAUAUUCCAGACAUAUUACAAGUAUAUGAAAUCCAGAGUAGGGAUAGAGAGGAUAUUGUGUCCAUGGUUGACUCAGAAAAAACAGAUGCCCUGCGCUCUGGAUUGGAGGCAGGAUAUGCAGAGAAAAUGGAAGACAAUGAAGAAGUCAUAUCAGAACCAGAAAAUGUGGAUCCUAUUCAAAACCCAUCUACUGAGUCAAUAGAUGCCUUGCAGAUGGACAGAGAAAAUAAUACCGUUGUGCAGAGGUCAAACAGAAAGAUAGUACAUGCUGUAUACAGACUAGGCAGAAAGACUUACAGAGAGAGUGGCACUGACUCUGGAUUCCGCACUCGAUGCAUCGCAAUUCAGACUGAUGAUAUAAAUGAAGAUGAUCCAGAUUUUGGAAUCCACUGUCAGUGCAUUUCAGUUCAGACCGAUUCUGGAAAUGAUUCAGAGACACAAACGGAUCUCUCUCAGUGCAUUUCAGUUCAAACAGACAGCCUUAAUGAAGAUGAGCCUCUUUUUGAAAUUGACAAUGAGAGUCCUACAGUGCAGGAAGACUAUAUAACUGAGGAUGAGGACCACUCUGGAACAUACGAGUGCAUUUCAGUUCAGACAGACUAUGAAAAUAAGAGUGAAGUGGCCUCUGGGAUCCACACUCAGUGUAUUUCAGUUCAGACAGACCACGGAAGUGAAACUGAACCUGAUUUUAUGAUCCAGGCUCAGGCUGUUCCAGUUCAGACAGAUGAUGGAACUUUGGAAUUUGGAAUCCACGUUGCAAUUCAGACAGAUUACGAGAUGAAAGAUGCAGAGACUACAACAGAGAAGAAUACAGAACAAAUCCUGAGAGAAGUUUUGAAUCAAAGGGACCAACUGAAAGAUAAUUACCAAGUGGUGCUGGACAGGCAGACACAAACUGAGAGGCAGCUGCAGGUUCAGAUCAAACAGCUAAAACAACGACGGGAAGAAGAGAUACAGAAACAUCAGGAAACGUUAAAAUCUAUUCAAGAUGUAACACUUAAGAGGGAAGAAACAAGGAAGAAGAUGGAUAAGGAAAGGAAGGACCAAUCCCAGAAAGAGCAGGAUCUUAGAGCAGACCUGGAGAGACUACAGAGCAAGAGUCAACAAUUACAGCUGGAACACAAGGAGCUGGAAAAUAAGAUAGUUACACUUUUGGCAGAGCAGACAAAGGAAAAGGAGCAGUGGGAUACAGAGUUGAACGUGUUAAAGAAGUUAGAUAAUGAAAUGAGGCAGAGUGUUUUGGAGGAGGCUAAACGUGCAUCACAAGCAGAGGUGCUGUCUUUGGAAAGUAGAAGAGAUCUUUUUCUCGCUACAUUAGAGGAAGCAGAGAAUGAGGCAGAGGUUACACUCUUCCGUCUCAGGGCUGCUCCUCGGACCUUGGACUUGAUAAAGUUGGAGCAGAGAUGGGAUGGCAGACUUGAAGGAAUUCGAUUGAUGAAGGCAAAUCUUCGGGAACAGUUUGGCGCUCAGAUUCAGCAAGUUAAGAAUGGUUCCAAGCUGAGUAGCCUGCAAUCCAUUUUGGCCCCCAAUCUACCUUCCCCACCUUCUGAUACCAGUCUCCUACUCCAUAAAAUUGCUGUUACUCCUCUUCAGGUGUCCAUCCCAUCCAGUGAUGUGUUUCACCCACAGCCACAAAUUCCCCCACCCUUCGCUCAGCAUUCUGCUCUACUUUCUGGAGUUCCGUCAUCCUUUGCUGGGGCUGUUCCUUUAAUGCAAAGGGCUCCUAGUGCUGCUCAGUUCUCCGGUGCUUGUGAAGCUCCAGUCCCACCAAGUACAGAAAAGAUCAGCAAAAUAAUGGAAAAGCUGCUAGCUAGAUUCCCUCAGUGUAGCCAGUCCCAUCUGACAGGGAUCUUGCAGCAGAUUAAGGUGGCUCGCGGCACACUUUCUGGCCUCACUGUGGAGGCGCUAUGCAAUCAUGUAGCGGAACGACUAACCGAUGCACCAGAUCCAGGAUCCAGAGCGACUCUUUCACCUGCCAGCUCCAGACCAGUCUAUCGAAACCCUCCUGCAGCACCCACAUAUCUAGCCCAGUCUCAGGGCACUUACACUGGACAAACUCCUAUGGUUUCAGGGCUCCGUAAGUUGUGCCUUGUGUGUCAGACGUUUGUGCAGCCUUCUGACUUGCAGCCUAUGUCUUGUAGUCAUGCCAUGCACCGGGAGUGUAUUCGAUGUUGGGCACCAAAUAACCAGUAUAAUUGCUGCCCCUUCUGUCCAAGCCAGAAAUAAAAUUCCUUGUGAAACAACGAUUGUUAUCCAUGGAACUCCUUAUAUUUUCAGCUGCAGACUAAUUUGAAAUGUAUAUAUUUGUCUAUGGAUUUGUAAAGAAUAUUUUAUUUUAGAUAUUCACUGCUUUGUGCUUAUUCCCCAAUCUCCUGUGAAUCUGCAUGCCUCUAUCUUUGGACAAAUGUGUCCUUCUCUGUGAGAAACCCAUUUUGUCAUAGGCAGUUCUUUUACCCAAAUCUCCUAAACAGAAUUGAUUGCAUCUAUUUCCAUUUCAUUUCUCUCAGUCCAAUAAAUCAUUCUUACACA